CACUGUUCAACUUCGACAAUUGUGGAACAGUGGCAAGUACUAAGGAGGUAAAUGAGCAUGGUUCGUGAUUGCAAACAUGUCUAAGUUUAAAAUGCAGCAGGCAAUAUAAAUGCCGAUAAAUGUAAUGUAAUAAAAUAUGACAAAAAAUAGUGAACAUAAGAUGGUUUCGUAAAGGCAACAUUCAUGGUUACCAAAUGAACUGAUCUAACCUAAAAUAUCAAUAAGCACAUAACACCUAGAAUGUUAAAAAUGGAAACUGUAGGUGAGAUAUUUCAGGAAUUAUGUAGUUAUCUCCGAAUUAAACGCAGAGUAGAAAGCGUGUCUGAAUUAUUUGCAAAACAAACAUCUAAUUCAAAUCGCGUUGAAAUUGCAUCACAGCUUUUGAAAGAGCAUAAUUUGAUUGCAACACCUGGCAGAUAUCUUAGAGGAAAUGAGAAAUCCUUGACUAGGUCUAUUGACCUAAGAAAUUCGGGAAACAAAGCAUUUCAGAAGAAGGAUGAUAAAACUGCAUUAAUGUUAUAUACACAAAGUAUUGCCACUGCUCCAUUUCCAAGUAUGUCAAAAAUAUCUAACGAAGAACUAGAGACAGACUUUGCAGAAAAUGAGGAUGACACAUCAGUUGCAUUAGCUCUGGCAUUAGCAAAUAGAUCUGCAGUUUUGUUCUCAAUGAGUAAUUAUGAAGCUUGUCUAAGUGAUAUUAAACAAGCAAUGAAAUAUAAUUACCCUAAUAAAUUAUUGUACAAGUUAUUUGAAAGACAAGGAAAGUGUUUUCAGGCCUUAGGGAAUUUGAAAAGUGCUAUGGAGAGUCUGUUUGAUGCACGAAAAUGGCUUUUUUCAGCCUCAGCUUUGACAGAGGAGAAAAAAGAAACUAUUAGAUUAGAGAUAGAGAAUUUUGUGCAGCAUUUGGCUAAUUCCAAAACAACUGAAAUAUCACACUCUCUCCAAAUUGAGCAACCACUACUGCCAAGCUGCAGCUAUGGCAAGAACCAUGAAAUCCUGUGUGCAUCAGAUUGUGUGGAACUGAAAUUCAUACCAGAAAUGGGACGCUACAUUGUAGCAACAAGAGAUAUUCGGCCAGGAGAUGUCCUGGUUGUUGAAAAGCCCUUUGCAUCAGUGCUUUUGCCUGAUUGUUACUGGACACAUUGCUACAACUGCCUUCAACCCUCUCAAAGUCUCCUGCCUUGCUAUCAUUGUUCCACGGUCAUGUAUUGCAGUGAAAAAUGUCGUACAUCAUCUUGGGAUAACAGCCAUUAUAUAGAUUGCCCAAUGUUGGACAUUUUGCAGAAACUGAAAAUAGGUAAUAUGAGUUUCCUGGCACUGAGAAUUGUCAUAUUGGUUUGUAAAUGUCAAGACAUCCAAAGUCUGAUAACAUCCUUAGAAGAUGAAGGUAAAUGCAUUGACAGGAACAGGGGUUUUAAUAACAAUGGCACUUACAGUUCUUCAGAUUAUAGUGCAAUCUAUUGGUUGGUAGGAAACACAGAGAAACGAGAAGUUGGUGAUUUAUUUAGACGAGCUGUCACAGCAGCUUGCAUUCUCAACUGUUUGGAGACUAUGACAGAUUUAUUUUCUGUUGAUACAAGUUCUUCUCCACCUGACAUCACCAAUUACAAACUGCUUGUUGGAGGUUUGUUGUUGAGACACCUGCAGAAUUUGCCAUGCAAUGCCCAUGAGGUCUCAGGAUUGGUUAGAUCUGAAACUAGGACUCUCAAGGAUGGUGUUCCAGUAUGGAAGAGUGUUGAGGUUGGAGCUGCAGCACAUGCUGUGCUGAGCUUGUUAAACCACUCGUGUGACCCAAAUGUUGUCCGGCACAGCUACCAAGGAGACACAGCUGUGCUUCGAGCAAUCCGUCCAAUUGCAAAAGGUGAACAGGUCCUCGACAACUAUGGCUACCACUAUGCGCUACAUGACCGAACAGAGCGGAAAUCUCACCUGGAGACGCAGUAUCACUUCACCUGUAUGUGUGUUGCGUGUACUGAGGACUGGCCAAGCUACAACUUGCUGCCUAAUAUAAAUCCCAUAUACUUAUGUGCAAGGUGCAGGUGUAUUUUGCCAGCACUGCCUGUUGACCCAACAGGAAUUAGGUUUACCACCUGUACCAACUGCAGUGAAUCCCAUGACAUGACAGACAUUAUCAGUAAGAUAGAAACGUCUUCUGAAGAAUUUUGUCAGAAUCUGGAGCACGUUGUUUCAGGAGAAGGUUGCGAUUGGGAGGGACUUGCUCAGAAGUUGGUAUGUCAUCUGCAGUUGCUUGACAAGUUUAUUCAGCGACCUUGGAAAGAGUACAAUGACUGUCAAGAAGCCAUUAAACAAUGUUUUGCCAUGACAGCCAAUUGUUACAAGUAAUAGUCAUUUCAGUUGUAACUAGGAGAAGCUGUUUCUAUAGUAUUGCAUUAUAUUUAAGAUAGUUAUUGUUUACUUAUGGUUGAACCUGUCACAUCAUUUAUGCAAUGUAGGAUGGUUUAAGGAUAAGGGGUUAAGCCCCUGCUGUACCAAAAGUUUUCAAUUUGAUCACAGCUAGAUAUGGUGCUGAUUUUUUCACAUUUUCCCCUUCCCUCACCUGUGACAAAGUCAAAAUGCUUAGAACUUGGGAACCACAAGUCAUCAGCUGACUUGCUUUAUAGUUCACUAUAGGUCCCCUCCACUUACCGUCAUCAACUGAGCUAUUGCAGUUUAUAAAAUCACCUUUCAGUUGUGUUACGCGUAUGUGCCCAAUUGUGCUUUUUGGUAAUUCAGUGCCACACCCCAGCCAUGCUUAAACCCAGGAGAAUAGACACAUGAUACCCAUUUGAUAGGAGGCUGGGUGGGCCUCAGACUCGGUGUUGAUGCAGAGGCUAGAAGAAAAAUCUUGCACCCCUGCCAAGGAUUUAAUCAGUUAGCCAGUUUGUAAUCAGACACAGCACUGACUGAGCUACCCCAGCUUGUAAGUAAUUCUUACCAUUUCAGCAGUGUGAUACCCAAAAGGCUCUAUAAUGUGGAAAAUCUUUAAUUGGGAAAAAGUAAUAAAUUAAUGAACAUCAAAUGGUGUUUUCACAUUACAGUGCAAG